AUGUCUGUCUACGCGAUCUACCAAGAGUUAUUCCCACCGCAAACGGUGGAACAUGCAGAAAGAGCUCAUUUGACCUCACCUGAUGCAAUCAACCUCGUAGUUGCAAAAGCCUCUUUACUCCAGGUUUACGCUUUUGUAGAAUACACUCCAGAAUCCACACUGGAUGACGAAGACGCCGACCAGGACAUAAACCUGAGUGACAGCGACAAAGAAAUUGAAAACGAACGUUCUAAUGGAGAUGAAGAACAAACUUUGGUUUACCCAAAACUCAAGCUUUUAAAAAAAUCUCCCCUCGACACCACUAAAGGACGUCUAGAAUUGGUAGCCCAAUAUAAACUGAAUGGUAGUGUAUCUGCAAUGGGCGUUGUAAGAACCUCAUCUACUCGUGGAAAGGCUGGCUGUGACAGCCUGUUACUUGGCUUUAACGAUGCCAAGAUGUCCUUACUCGAAUGGUCUCCAGAGACACACUCGAUUGUCACUGUAUCAAUUCAUUAUUAUGAGAGAGACGAAAUGAAGAAAGAGUUCUUGACAAAUCCAUAUCCUCCUGCGAUCCAUGUAGACCCACAGCAAAGAUGUGCCUUGUUGAAUUUCUAUGACAACAAACUUGCAGUAUUACCUUUUUGCCAGUCGGAUAACCUUGAUACAUCAGCUUCUAAUCCUGGAGACCAAGAAGACGAAGAUCAUGCACAAAAGUGGCCUUAUUCACCUAGUUUUGUAAUAGAGCUAGAGAAAAUAGAUCCUCGGAUCAGAAAUGUCAUUGAUAUGACAUUCCUGUCAGGAUAUUAUGAACCAACACUAGCAAUCCUCUUCCAGCCUGAGCAGACAUGGACAGGACGAUUGGCUACCACAAAAGAUACGGUAUCAAUUGUAGUCAUCUCACUCGAUUUAUCCGCAAAAGCAUACCCUAUCAUCUAUUCUCUCGAUAAUCUGCCUUAUGACUGCCGUAGUCUGGUAGCAUUGCCCAAACCCGUGGACGGUCUUCUGGUCAUUGCUUCCAACGCUCUUCUUCAUGUCUCCCAGGGUUCUCCUGGAGUGGGUGUAGCAGUGAACGGCUACACCAACAAAACUACCGAAUUUCCGGGUAUGAUUUACGACGAUGCAUUGAUUGAGCAGGGUUUGAUGUUAGAUGGCGCAAAGGCCCUCUCGAUGGGCGGUAACAAGUGUCUCUUGUUCCUGCAGAACGGAGAUUGGGUGGGAGUCCAGAUGAAGAUGGACGGCAACAAGGUCGUUGGCGUUUCGAUGGACACAAUCCACCACCCGCCUGUCUUGGGUCCUCAGGAUUCUGGUGAUGGGCACACGCCUGUCGCUUGUAUCCCAACUUGCAUUUCCAGCAUAAAGGACGGGGAGUUCUUCUUUCUCGGAAGUCGUGUUGGAGACUCACUUCUAAUCAAGUGGAAGAACGGCAGCGAACCAGGGUCCAAGCCAGUCUCGCCAGAAAUCGACUGGACUUUCCGCGUAUGCGAUGCACUUCUCAACACAGGCCCAAUUGUUGACAUGACUGUAGGAGACAUGGAAAGCAAAGAUGCAUCCGAUGAUAUGAUCGAAAAAUCGACAGAUUUCCCUGAUCUCGAGCUUGUGAGUUGCUCUGGCUAUGGCAAGAACGGUGCGCUCUGUGUAUUCCAACGCCACGUUCGACCCGAGACUACAUUUUCAUUUACCCAGUCGGAUUGCCAGGCUGUCUGGUCAAUAAAGUGUCGUAAAGAGCAUUUCUUUGAGGGUGUUCAAGUAGGAGGAGGUGUCCAACUCACGCAGACAGGUUUGACACCAGAGGAAGGUACUGGUCACUGGGGAACAGUUGCUUCCGACGACGGCUUCAAGGACGCAUUUGACAAAUUCUUGUUUAUCAGCAAGACCGAAAGCACACUCGUUCUAGCAGCAGGAGAUGAACUAUGUGAACUUGAAAGCAGUGAUUUCCACACAACUGGACCUACAAUUGCAGUCAGUACAUUAUUUGAUCACACAAGAAUUGUACAGAUUCACUCCCAUGGUGUUGUACUUUUAUCUCCAGACGGAAAGCUAGUACAAACUGUACCUGUAAAAGAUUCAAAGAUCGUAGAUGCAAGUAUUCACGACCCUUAUAUCCUUCUCACACUCGAGAAUCAGACCAUAUUGGCACUCAAAGGUGAUGCAGAAACAAGAGACAUCAUUUAUGUUCAAGUUCCAGCGUCAAUCAAGAAUAAGGACGUUUUGGUAGCUAGUGUAUUUGCCGAUACAUCUGGAAUAUUUGCCUCUGUGUCAGAAAAACUUGCUACAGUAGUCAAAAAGUCUCGCCCUGCUGGACAUGAGAAGAAGAGAAAGGCAUCCGAAGCAUUUGGCACAACAAACACUAAUAACAAUGGUGCCACCACCACCACCGCCACCACUGCCAACGCCAAUACCACGACAACCAAAAAAGCUAAUAUUGCUCCACCAGCUCCACCAACAGUGGAAUUUGACGAAAUAGAUAUGGAUCUCUACGGUGAUCAAAGUGAAGGCGAACCUGUCAAAACCACAGUAACAAUAGCCGAAGAUGAAAUCAUGACAGACUCUACAACUCAAAUAGGCCAACAAGGACAAAACGAAGAUGACGACGACGAAGAUGACGACGACGACGAAGCUAUGCUUUAUGGCGAUAGCGAGCCCAUUAAAAAAUAUCCCGGGCUGUUUAACGAAGAAGUCGAUGAAGUAAAUGUGAGCGUCAAGGGUGGACUAGGCCAGAUCGAGAUGAUCAGUUUCUGGUGCCUGAUCUACACAGUCGAAGGCAACCUACAGCUCCACAGUCUCCCAGACUUUAAGGAAUAUUUUGUUUUCCCCCACUUUGACGUGCUCCCCAGUCUACUCACCGACUGUCCUGGUCACGAGCAAGAGCAAGUUCCACCUCAUUUGCCUGCUCAUCAAGACAAUGGGUCUUUAUCGAUAAAGGAACUUAUUAUCACUGACAUUGGAAAAGAGCGCAAGGACCCUCAUUUAGUGGCUCGUACAUCAACAAACGAUAUAAUAAUCUACAAAGCCUUUGCAUUCGUACCAGGGCUCGACUCCCAAUCUGACCACACAACUCAAAUAACCGAAGAAGCUGGCGAUAGACUUGCUAUCCGAUUCUCUCGAGUACAUCAUGAAUACGUUUCCCGCUACACCGAAGAGGAUAAUGAUAACAGUAACAACAACAGCAAAAAAUACAGCAAAAAGAACAAAAAUUCUACUGGUGCUGCCGCUGAUGAUGACGACGACGAAGAUGAUGAGGAAGAGUCCGAUGGACCAGAAAUAAAGAAAGAUGACCACGUCAUGGGAACAGACCCUUUUGGCAGUGGUCUAAAAGAGUCCAAGGUUAUUAAGCCACGCCGCCAACGUUUGCUGAUACCUUUUAACGAUGUAGCCGGUUAUGCUGGUGUCUUUGUGGCCGGUCCACAGCCUGCCUGGCUGAUGUGUUCCUGUAAAAGUUUUGUACGAGUUCACCCAAUGAAGGCGGAUCAAGCCGUAAUUGGAUUUACACAGUUCCACAAUGUGAAUUUGAAGCAUGGAUUUAUUACUAUUGAUGCAGAGUCAACAGUUAGAUUAUGCGGUCUUCCUGUAGAUAAUGCAACAUACGAUAUGGACUGGGUGAUGCAAAGAAUCCCACUAGGACAGACAGCUCACAAGAUCCAAUAUGAUCCCACCAUGCGCGUGUACGCAGUACUUGUCUCAACUCCACAACCUGUUCGCCUGAGAAAUGAAGAGGGCGCACCGGUUGACGGCAAAGAAGAAGAAGGUCGAGAACCCGGAGAAUUUCUACCUUUAGUCGAUCGCUUCUCGCUUCUAAUGGUGUCGCCCGUAACAUGGGAAACCGUCGACAGAAUCGAGUUUGAAGAAUAUGAGCAAGGAUUCUCGCUACAGUGUGUCGCACUUGAAUCCAAGCAGACCAGUACAGGACGAAAGCAUUUCAUGACAGUCGGAACUGGGUUUUUGCGUGGUGAAGAUACAGCCAUGCGUGGAUCAAUAUAUAUAUUUGAUAUCAUUGAAGUCGUACCAGAGCCAAACAAUCCUCAGACAAACCACCGUUACAAGCAUCUUCACACCGAAGAUGUCAAGGGUGCCGUUACAGCCAUGUGUGAUGUGAGCGGCCACUUAGUGUCAUGUAUUGGAUCCAAAGUGAUCAUCUGGAGUUUCGAAGACAACGAGAGUCUUGUGGGUGUAGCCUUUAUCGAUGUCCAGAUCUACGUGACCAGUCUGUGCUCGAUCAAGAAUUUUAUAUUGCUUGGCGAUGCACAAAAAUCCAUAUGGUUCCUUGGAUUCCAGCUCGAGCCCGCAAAGUUGGUAUUGUUGGGCAAAGACUACCAGGCAUUUGAGGUUGCCUCGGUAAACUUUAUUAUCGAUGAUAAAUCUCUCUUCCUCCUGGUCGGAGACACGGAUGACAAUCUCGAUAUUUAUCAAUAUGCGCCUUUCAAUCUACAGUCUUUUACAGGACACAAAUUAAUGCGCCGAGGUGAUUUUCACGUGGGAGCCCAAGUCAAGACAAUGGUACGAUUGCCGCAAAUCGUUCGCACUGAAAAGGGUCUUGAGUACAGCCGGAGACACUUUUGUCUGUGUGGAUCAUUUAGUGGAAGUAUUUCUGUGGUCUCGCCAAUUCCCGAAAAGACAUUCAAGCGGUUGAAUACGUUGUAUGGCCAGCUUGUGAAUGGUAUUCAGCAUGUGGCAGGUCUAAACCCAAGAGCCUUCCGAUUGAUCAAAGGACCAAAACAAAAAAUGGCCUCCAAUCGCACCAAGGCUAUUCUUGACGGUGAUUUGGUGUUUGAGUUUGCCGGACUCUCAGUGAGCCAGCAGAAGGAAAUGACUAAACAGAUAGGAACAACUGUAGCAAAGAUCAAGGAGGAUCUUGUUGAUGUUGACAGCAGUAUUGAUCACUUUUAA